CAAUCUCCCAGAAAAAGAUUUCUUGUAGCUUUGGUUUUGCUUGAAACUUCCCACUUUAACUAACUAGCUGCGCAAGCAUGGCCUGCUACUAGAAUAUUAUAAGAAAUUCUAUCUGGCAAAGGCACUUGUCAUCCUAACCAUGUAUAUAAACACACAAAUACCAACCUUUCUCCCACAUAUCUAAAUCUUGCUUCCUGUUUUAAACUUGGCAUAUUAUACUCUAGAUUUUCCUUUCAAAAGACAAUCAUCAUGGGACUAAGAGACAUUGGAGCAACUCUGCCUCCAGGGUUUAGGUUUUAUCCUAAUGAUGAAGAGCUUGUCUGCCAUUACCUCUACAAAAAGAUCACAAAUGAAGAAGUCCUGAAGGGAACUCUGGUAGAAAUUGACUUGCAUACUUGCGAGCCAUGGCAACUUCCUGAGGUGGCUAAGCUCAACGCAACGGAGUGGUAUUUCUUCAGCUUUCGUGACCGGAAAUAUGCCACCGGAUUCCGAACCAAUCGUGCUACAACAUCUGGAUACUGGAAAGCUACAGGGAAGGAUCGUACUGUUCUGGAUCCCACAACCCGUGAAGUUGUGGGGAUGAGAAAGACCUUGGUGUUCUACAAGAACAGGGCUCCCAAUGGGAUCAAAACUGGUUGGAUCAUGCAUGAGUUUCGUCUCGAGACCCCACAUAUGCCCCCCAAGGAGGACUGGGUUCUCUGCAGGGUGUUCCACAAAAGCAAAGCAGAAGACAGCACAAAAUUCAUGUUCGAGUCCACAACUGAUAGCGGGAGCACUGUGAAUUUAACAGCUGAUCAUCAAACUCUGGCUCGUGGGUACCAGCAAAUGAUAUCAUUAUCAUCAACCACACCCCAUCAAGACCAAACCUCUUUGCUAAACCUUCUCCAGCUAUCACAGGACAGGAAUUCUAAGUACCCAAUGGAUACCGACAUCAGCUCCAAGGCGGUUGAUGAGUAUGGCUUCUUAUGGGAUGACAUGAACUUGGAAGAAAAUAGCUUGGGAGACGGGGUGGUGGCUUCAAAUUUGGAAGAUAUGAGAUUUGAGAUUGAUCAUAACAGUAUGGUCUUCCUAUGAAAAUAUUACCAUUUGUUGAUUUGUGAUGUACGUAUUUGUAGUGUCUGGAUUAUUUGAGGAGCAACUCAAUGUUUGAUUGGAUCAAAUGAUAGCUAGCUAGGAAUCAAGAUUGUGCUAGUAUACUGUUAGGGUUUAUUUAUUUGUUGUGUACAGUGUAUAUUUGGCAUCUUGAACAAAUUUUAAUAUAUGUUAAUCUUUUAGAAUU